UAGUCCCUAUAUAUACUGCUCUCCAGCUAAUUGUACAAAGAUAUCGUCAGUGGACUUGAAAAGGCCCCACAUUUGCCUAAACCACCAGAACCCUCUAUUACAAAACCCCAAAAAAAUUGAUCAUAUUUGUAGCCAUUUUUAAAACAUGUCAAAAUCAAGAACCUCUGUUUUCUUCUUUCUCUUUCUUUUUUCAGUUUCAUCAGUUCAAUCAAUUCCUCCAUCUUCAGAUAUAAUCGCCCUUCAAGCUUUUAAAGCCGCCAUUAAACCUUCUUCUAUUCCUUCAUAUUCUUGUUUAGGAUCUUGGAAUUUCACUACUGACCCUUGCUCUGUCCCUCGUGUCACCCAUUUCACUUGUGGCCUUUCUUGUAGCUCUGGUAACAGAGUAACUGAACUUACCCUUGAUCCUGCUGGUUAUACAGGGACUCUUACUCCAUUAAUUUCUAAACUCACUCAACUUGUCACUCUUGAUCUUCAAAACAACUAUUUCUAUGGCCCAAUUCCUUCUUCUCUGUCUUCUUUACUGAAUCUCAAGAACCUGGUUCUUCGAUUCAAUUCAUUUUCUGGGUCGGUUCCACCUUCCAUCGCUUCUUUAAAAUCUCUGCUUUCUCUUGAUCUUUCUCAUAAUUUGAUUUCUGGGUUUCCAAAUUCGAUGAAUGAGUUAACCAGCUUGAGAAGACUUGAUCUUAGUUACAAUAAGCUUACUGGGUCACUCCCAAAAUUACCCCCAAAUCUACUAGAGCUUGCUGCGAAGGCUAAUUUACUAUCCGGGUCUCUAUUAAAAUCCUCUUUUGACGGGUUAAAUCAGCUGGAAGUUGUGGAGCUUAGUGAAAAUUCGUUAUCUGGAACUAUUGAACCUUGGUUCUUUCAGUUACCUUCGUUACAACAAAUCGACAUGGCGAACAACAGCUUUACACUUGUCGAGAUCUCAAGGGUUGUUAAUUUGAAAAGCGACCUUGUCGCCGUCGAUUUGGGUUUCAACAAAAUCGAAGGAAAUUUGCCGGUAAAUUUCGCGAUUUUCCCUCGAUUGUCGUCGUUGUCACUGAGGUACAAUAAGUUUCGUGGACCGAUUCCGUUGCAGUACAGCAGAAAGGCGACGUUGAAAAGGCUGUAUCUUGACGGAAAUUUCUUGAAUGGGUCGCCGCCGGCGGGAUUUUUCGGCCGGCAAACUUCAGUUACCGGCAGUUUAGGAGAUAAUUGUUUACAAAAAUGUCCGAUUUCUUCGCAACUUUGCUUGAAAUCACAGAAACCUACGUCAAUUUGUCAGCAAGCUUAUGGUGGGAAACCAAAGUCUUGUGUCAGUCAAUGUUUGUGAGAUUUUUUUCAUCUUGGUUUUCAUAUUGUAAUUGUAGGAGUAUUAUAUUAUAUUCUUUAGAUAAGAAAAAUCCCAAUAUAAUAUUUGCUCAUCUGAA